AUAAUAUUCCUCUUUGAUCUUUCAAAAAAAUCUUCUUCAAAUCUAUCAAUCUCGACGACGACCAUUCUUGAGUGACCGUAGUUAGUACUGAUCUUAUAAGUCUUCUUCAUCAUCUUUGUUUAUAAUCUCUGUUCAUAUUCAUUUUUACAGUUAUCGUUUUUACAAAAAAUUUAAAAUUUCUUCUUGGGUUUCUCAAAAUUUGUCGUUAAUCGAUGAAUUUGUUUGUUUUCAAGAUUACCCAUUUCUGGAAUUCACGAAAUUUCUCAGCUUUUCCGUGAUUUGUGGUGAAAUUCGUAAACUUUCACAAAAAAUUAGGGUUAGAAAAAGCUUCUUCAUCACACACGAUGAGCCAUCACCGGCGAGAUUCCGGCGGCGAUGUAGUUCAUGUGAUACCCACGAACAAUCCUCCGCCGGAGAAUUGGUUUCCGAAUCUCGGCGAUAGUGCCGUUUGGGCGACGGAAGAUGAUUACAAUCGAGCUUGGGCGGUGAAUCCUGAUAAUGUCUCAGGGGAUAACAAUGGUCCGCCGAACAAGAAGACUCGAGGCUCUCCGUCGUCUUCGUCAGCCACUACUACUUCCGCCGCGAGCAAUCGUACCAAAGCGAUUGGGAAAAUGUUCUUCAAGACGAAGCUUUGUUGUAAGUUUCGUGCUGGGACUUGUCCCUAUGUGACGAAUUGUAACUUCGCUCAUACGGUGGAGGAGCUUCGUCGACCACCGCCGAAUUGGCAGGAGAUUGUGGCGGCUCAUGAGGAGGAGAGAUCUGGUGGUAUGGGAACUCCUACUGUUGCUGUUCCUGAGGUUCCGCGAGAGGAGUUUCAGAUCCCGUCUUUGGUGUCAUCGACGGCUGAGAGUGGGAGAUCUUUUAAAGGAAGACAUUGUAAGAAGUUUUAUACUGAAGAAGGAUGUCCUUAUGGAGAGAGUUGUACGUUUCUGCACGAUGAGGCUUCGAGGAAUAGAGAAAGCGUUGCGAUUAGUUUAGGACCUGGUGGUUAUGGAGGUGGUGGUGGUGGCGGUGGUGUUGGAAGUGGCGGUGGUUCUGCUAGUGGUGGUGGUGGUGGUGGCAAUAGCAACGUAGUAGUGCUUGGUGGUGGUGGUGGAACCGGAAGUGGAAGUGGUAUUCAUAUUGUGAAGCCUUCAAAUUGGAAGACAAGGAUUUGCAACAAAUGGGAGAUUACUGGGUAUUGUCCGUUUGGUGCUAAGUGUCAUUUUGCUCAUGGAGCUGCAGAGUUACAUAGAUUUGGCGGAGGACUCGUCGAAGGAGAAGGCAAAGACGGUGUAUCACCGAAUUCAGACACAAAGCAAACAGGACAAACCCCAAAAGGAAAUUCAGAAACACCGACACUUCUAUCUCCAGGAGGAGUUCCUCAUCAAGCAGAUCCCAGUUACCACAGUGGUGUCGCAUUGCAACGAGCGACUAGUGCGGUUACACAAAAGCCUGGGAUCAGAACUCAUCAGAAGUGGAAAGGACCGGCGAAAAUCAGUCGGAUAUACGGUGAUUGGAUCGAUGAUAUUGAGUAAAGUUAUCGCCUUUUGUUUUUUUAACAUAUCGGGUAGAUAACUGGUAAGAAAAUUACAAAUCUCCUUUCUCUUAGUUUUCUGGUGAUGGUGGUACAGUUUGUAGAGUUUUGUAUCUGUGUAAUCCUUGUAUCUCUCUUUGUUGUUGUUAUUGUUGUUGUAGAUUGUGACUUUUCAGAAGUUGAAAUAUCAUCUUUCUUUCUUUGUAUC